AUGUAUUCCAAGUCCCAGGAAAGGCAAGCUUUAGCAGACGUAUCUAUUAACCAACCAUUAUUACCAUCUGCGAUCACUUUCACAAAUCUACAUGCAGAUCCAAAUAAAAUAUUUAAAUGGAGAAGGCAACAAAGCCUAACAAACAGUUUCAUUGCAUCCCCAAUGGUAUCUCUAACUAAAAAAAGGUCAAUUGAUUAUAUAGAUGUUCAAGAUAAAUUGUCCCAAAAGAAACUGAAAAUAUGGAAAAAUUUCCAAGAGUCUGACAAUGACAUUGAUAGUAAUAGCACUAAUGAUAUCAAAAUGGUCAAAGAAUACAACUCCGACAUCUUUAAGUAUUUCUACCAAAGGGAACCUAUAUUAUCCCCCGCUUUCAAUUAUACAAAGGACAAACAUUCAAUGUGUUAUCUAAGACCCAAAUUAAGAACUAUAUUGGUGGAUUGGAUAGUCCAAGUUCAUGAAAAAUUUCAAUGCGUUUCUGAAACGUUAUUAUUGUCUAUUAAUAUAAUGGAUAGAUUCUUAUCUACAUCUAAAGUUUCUACUUCAAAAUUACAAUUGGUCGCUAUAACUUCUCUAUUUAUUGCCUCUAAAUUCUAUGAGAUUAACUUACCUAAAAUCUCCAAUUAUGCAUACGUCACAGAUGGCGCUGCUUCUAUCCGUGAUAUUAAACUUGCAGAAUAUCAAAUCUUGAAAGCAUUGAAUUUUGAGAUUGCAUGGCCAAACCCAAUGGAUUUCAUUAGAAGAAUAUCCAAAUCUGAUAACUAUGACGAAAGAACAAGAAAAUAUGCUAAGAUGAUCAUUGAAUUUGCAUAUUGUUCAACUUUAUUCAUUCAUUUGAAACCUUCUUUACUUAGUGUUUUAUCCAUGUAUAUUGCCAAAAAGAUGACCAUGCAAUCUGUAGAAAAGGAUAAACAAGAAACAGAAGAAAAUUUAAUUAAAUGGCUUACCCCAUUUUUAAAUAAUGAAGAUUAUCAUGAUUUAAAGGAUUCUUCUAGAAUCAUAAAGAAAUAUUCCUCAUUAUUGCUUGAUGAAAUAAUUAAUCCAUCUAUGAAAAUUGAAUGUUUGAUUCAAAAGUUUAAGGAUCAAAAUACUUACAAUGAUUUCAUUAAAAAUUGUAAAGCAUUAAAAAAUUAA